AUGGAUAAAUCGGAAGAACUUGAGUUGGUCCCACCAGAGCUUCGUCAAGCAGUUGAGGAUGAACACAACAAUCCGACUGAUGUAUGGAAAAGCGGUAUGGGACAACUUGUACAGUGCAGCGGAACUCCGGGAAAGAAAGUAUACGUCACAUUCUACACUCAUAUGGAUAAAAAAAUGGUUGCAAUGCGAUUGGAAGAUGGGAUUGCGUUAGAACAAAUCGCUAGAAAAGCAGCAGAGCUUCUGCCAACUGUAGAGUGGAAAGUGUGUUCGGGUACGCAAUACCAAACCGAUUUCGAAUUCACUGGUUCCAGACAAGUCUAUGACUCCAUCAAGACUACUCUAAUCUACAAGUUCAAUUACCUUUUGGUCCGCCUUGAACGUCUUCAUCCCGUCAGACCAUUUGAUCAGGAGGCAAAUUGCAAUGAGUGUCGUCAGAUGAUUCUGGGACAUCGCUUCAAAUGCACCGAGUGUGCUGACUUCGACAUCUGCCAGAGAUGUGAAGCUAGAUCCAUUCAUCCAGAGCAUGCCAUGCUUCGUAUUGUCAGCAAGGGAACAACUCACAUUCCACACUACAUUACCGCAAAUGCUCCAAGAUAUGUGUUCGCUUAA